CGAACCGGUGUCGCCUAGCUGAGCCUGCAGGUCCUGGCGCUGCGGCCGUGGUGCUGCUCCCUGGCUCCUCCCGGGCGGCCGCGGGCUCGGGUGUGCCCUAGCGCCGGUCAGUGCCAUGAUCCGGCAGGAGCUCUCCACAUCCUACCAGGAGCUGAGUGAGGAGUUGGACCAAGUGGCUGAGAAUUCAGAGCAGGCCGACGAGCAGGACGUGGAGACGGUCCAAGUCCAAGGCCCAGGUGUCUUACCAGGCCUGGACAGCGAGUCCUCCUCCAGCACUAUCCGCUUCAGCAAGGCCUGCCUGAAGAACGUCUUCUCAGUCCUGCUCAUCUUCAUCUACCUGCUGCUCAUGGCCGUGGCCGUCUUCCUGGUCUACCAGACCAUCACGGACUUCCGCGAGAAACUCAAGCACCCUGUCAUGUCCGUGUCUUACAAGGAGGUGGAUCGCUAUGAUGCCCCAGGUAUUGCCCUGUAUCCCGGGCAGGCACAGUUGCUCAGCUGUAAGCACCACUACGAGGUCAUCCCACCUCUGAGGAGCCCUGGCCAGCCAGGUGACCUGAACUGCACCACCCAGAGGAUCAACUACACGGACCCUUUCUCCAAUCAGACCGUGAAAUCCGCCCUGAUUGUCCAGGGGCCUCGAGAAGUAAAGAAGCGAGAGCUGGUCUUCCUCCAGUUUCGCCUGAACCAGAGCAGUGAGGACUUCAGUGCCAUCGAUUACCUCCUCUUCUCUUCUUUCCAGGACUUCCUGCGGAGCCCAGACAAGGCAGGCUUCAUGCAGGCCUGUGAGAGUGCCUAUUCCAGCUGGAAGUUCUCUGGGGGCUUCCGCACCUGGGUCAAAAUGUCACUGGUGAAGACCAAGGAAGAGGAUGGGCGGGAAGCGGUGGAGUUUCGGCAGGAGACCAGUGUGGUUAACUACAUUGACCAGAGGCCAACUGCUGAAAAAAGUGCUCAGUUGUUUUUUGUUGUCUUUGAAUGGAAAGAUCCUUUCAUCCAGAAAGUCCAAGAUAUAAUCACUGCCAAUCCUUGGAACACAAUUGCUCUUCUUUGUGGGGCCUUCUUGGCAUUAUUUAAAGCAGCAGAAUUUGCCAAACUGAGUGUGAAAUGGAUGAUCAAAAUUAGGAAGAGAUACCUUAAAAGAAGAGGUCAGGCAACGAACCACAUAAGCUGAAGUUGCCUUGUGUUCAUGGAACUGCCCACAUUAAUGGAAGUUCUCGUCACUUCCGCCUUGGUGAAGUGAACUACCAGCAAUCCUGUAUUCACUUGAAGAAAUGGGGCCUUACUGGGAGGGACAGCCUGCUAAACUGGAACUUCUCAACUGGUCCAAAAAAGAGGCUAUUCAGAGGCUAAUGGAAAUGAUCCAUGGGUAAAGUAAAAGUUAUUUAAGUAUUUAAAUUAUUAAGGAGCAUUUUAAAGAACUGUCCAGUGACUUUUGAAUAGGGUUUGUGGAAAAUGCCUUUCUUUCUAUUUGAUUCCUUGUCUAGUUAAAGUCUUAACAGGAUAGAAAAGGCUCUAUUUUUUUUUUUUUUUUAGGGUUUUCCCUGAGGUUUUAAAAAUGUGCAGAAGAGUGUUACUUUCUUUUUCCCCAAAUCCUUCCUGACUAUUAAGAUGUGUGGGUCAUGCUUUGGGAACCUAUGCACUACACACCAAGAAAGGUAAAACCGUUUUUUUUUUUUGAGAGGUUUUUCGCUAUAGGGUGCGUACGUUCGCCAGACAGACAGAGACGGAGAGACAGAAAGCGAGAAAUCCCCCCCCGGGGGG